AUGCCCCACCCAGGCCUGUGGGUGCAGUUUAUCGCGUCCGGCAAGCGCUGUAAAGUUGUGCUGAAAUCUCGCUUCGGAGGGAGGGUCUGGGUUCGGACAACAGCCCUGCAGAGCCUGAGACAGCAACUGUGCGCAGCACAGGAGGGCAGCUGGGGUCCCCCGAGAAAGUGGAGAGAUCUUGGCUGUGACAGAGGAGGCAAGGUACAGGCGCUAGCUGAAGGAGAUGUGAGGCUUGAAAAAGCAAAGCGACAGGAGAGCUGCGUGGUGGCAGAGAAAGAUAAGGGCCAGCAGGGAAAGAAUGAGGAUGUGGGAGCCGAGGACCCCUCCAAGAAGAAGCGGCAACGCCGGCAGAGGACUCAUUUCACUAGCCAGCAGCUGCAGGAGCUGGAAGCCACUUUCCAGAGAAACCGCUACCCAGACAUGUCCACUCGCGAAGAAAUCGCCGUGUGGACCAACCUUACGGAAGCCCGAGUCCGGGUUUGGUUCAAGAAUCGCCGGGCCAAAUGGAGGAAGCGCGAACGCAACCAGCAGGCCGAGCUGUGCAAGAACGGCUUCGGGCCGCAGUUCAACGGGCUCAUGCAACCGUACGACGACAUGUACCCCGGCUACUCCUACAACAACUGGGCCGCCAAGGGCCUCACGUCGGCGUCCCUGUCCACCAAGAGCUUCCCCUUCUUCAACUCUAUGAACGUCAACCCCCUGUCGUCGCAGAGCAUGUUCUCCCCGCCCAACUCCAUCUCCUCCAUGAGCAUGUCGUCCAGCAUGGUGCCCUCCGCGGUGACCGGCGUCCCGGGCUCCAGCCUCAAUAGCCUGAAUAACUUGAACAACCUGAGCAGCCCGUCGCUGAAUUCCGCGGUGCCGACGCCCGCCUGUCCUUACGCGCCGCCGACCCCUCCGUACGUGUAUAGGGACACUUGUAACUCGAGCCUGGCCAGCCUGAGACUGAAAGCCAAGCAGCACUCCAGCUUCGGCUACGCCAGCGUGCAGAACCCGGCCUCCAACCUGAGUGCUUGCCAGUACGCGGUCGACCGGCCGGUGUGAACCGCGCCCAGGGCGCGGGGAUCCGAGGACGGUCGGAGGGGGGGCAACUCUGCCCCCAGAAAGACUGAGAAUUGUGCUAGAAGGUCGUGCGCACUACGGAAGGGAAGAGGGAAAAGAGUAUAUCGGAGGAAAAGAAACCACUGAAUUAAAAAAGAGAGCGCCUUUGAUUUCAAAGGAACGCCCCCAAGUGUCUGACAUCUUUCGCUGAAAGUAUUUCCAACAGUUGCGAGAAGGCGUACACCAACAAAUGUUUGACUGGAUAUGACAUUUUAACAUUACUAUAAGCUUGUUAUUUUUUAAGUUUAGCAUUGUUAACAUUAAAAUGACUGAAAGGAUGUAUAUAUAUCGAAAUGUCAAAUUAAUUUUAUAAAAGCAGUUGUUAGUACUAUCACGACAGUGUUUUUAAAGUCUAGGCUUUAAAAGAAAGCAUGUUAUACAGAAUCGGCUAGAAUUUUCGCUUGCGAGCAAAGGAAUGUAUAUACUAAAUGCCACACUGUAUGUUUCUAACAUAUUAUUAUUAUAAAAAUGUGUGAAUAUAAGUUCUAGAAUAGUUUCUCUGGUGGAUGCAUUGUUUCUGAAACUGCUAUGUACAACUAUCCUGUGUAUAACAUUUCGUACGAUAUUAUCGUUUUACUUUUCAGCAAAUAUGAAAAAAAAUGUGUUUUAUUUCUUGGAAGUAAAAUAUACUGCAUACAAA